AUGGCUACCACCUCGAUUACGCAGAACCUUCCCCUCUCUAUCAUUCCUGCCGUCCUCACCAGAAAUGGAGCCUUCUUUCGGUCACGAUACAUCGCCACCUACGACCCCAGCCUCUCGUCAGAUCCAUUUUCCCUAAAUUCCGACGAUGCCCUCCUCUCAGAACUUAGAAGUUAUUGCGACUUCACUCUUCUCGACAAUCUCCCCAGCAACUUCGAUGUUCAGUAUGAUCUUAACGUGGAGAAGUGGGUACAAUUGGUGAACCCACCAUCGCAUCUCAACACCAUUCUCAUCGAAACCAUGCAAAAUACCGUCACUCGAUCAAUUUAUAAAGUCAUCAUUGAAGCAAAGAGAGCUCCAAUAUCUGCUAGCGACCUUCUCUUUCAUCCCCGCCUAGGCGUAGGAAUUGCGCAGGGAGUAAUCAAUCAGAUUGGACACUUUCUCCAGAUAUUGAUUUCGUUCCGAAGUCAUGAAGAUAAAUGUGGACUUAUAACUUUUGUCGCAGUAUGGGUUCAUUACUCUCAUGUCGUCCUUCAUGAUAUUGCUGCCUUAUUUGUACAGAGUUAG